ACCUUCUUUCUUCUUCUUAGCAUUCUUUACUUUUCUCGUAUCAAGUUGGUCCAGCUUUUCUCUCCCCCUUUUGAGAGGGAGCAGUUUUUUUUUUUCAAUCAACCAUGGCUUUGCCAUGGAUUCUCCUCCACUUGUUUUUAUCAUUUACUUCCAUUCCAUUCACCCAAUCAACCCUCACUUUGGACUACUAUGCCAAAACAUGUCCUAAAUUUGAUGAAAUUGUUAGGGAUGUUGUCCUCCAAAAGCAACAGCAGUUCCCUGUCACCGCGGCUGCUACCCUACGUCUCUUUUUCCAUGACUGUGUUGUGGAUGGUUGUGAUGCCUCUGUCCUUAUCAAGCCAACAGCCUUCACCAAAGCCGAGCUCGAGCAUGACAUCAACCACUCCCUUGCAGGUGAUGGUUUCGAUCUCAUUUCACGUAUCAAGACCGGCCUUGAGCUUGCAUGCCCUGGCACUGUAUCUUGUGCAGAUAUUCUUGCCACAACUACAAGGAAUCUUGUUGUUAUGACUGGUGGACCUCACUAUAAAGUACCUCUAGGCCGAAAAGACAGCCUUGUUUCCCAAGCUUCAAGUGUAGAAGGAAAAUUACCCCGUGCAAAUGAAACAAUAGAUCAAAUGAUCAAAAAAUUCCAAGGUCUAGGUUUCAACAUCCAAGAAAUGGUUGCAUUAGUUGGAGGUGGACAUACUAUUGGCUUUGUUCAUUGCAAGGAGUUUGCUAAUCGAAUUUUUGGCACUCCUGACCCAACAAUGAAUCCCAAAUUGGCAGAAAGAUUGAGAGGAAUGUGCGCGAAUUAUACGACUAACACUGAUAUGGCAGCCUUCCUAGAUGUGAUAACCCCUGGCACUUUUGAUAACAUGUUUUUCAAGAAUUUGAUGAAGGGUUUAGGAGUUGUUGGUUCUGAUCAAUUGCUUUUGAGUGAUCCAAGGACAAGGCCAUUUGUUGAGAAAUAUGCAAAUGAUAGCCAGGUUUUCUCUAUAGAUUUUGCUCAUGCCAUGGAGAAGCUUAAUAUUUAUCAAGUUAAAAUUGGCAAUGAAGGAGAGGUGAGGAGGAGAUGUGAUGCAGUUAAUACUGCUCAGAUGUGAAAAAAGACAAGACAAAGGAUAUAUUAUGAGUUCUUGAUUGGGUUUGAAUCAACAUAACCUGAUGAUAAUGAUGUUGAUGGGCAUAUGUUUUUGUAUAUGAUAAUCAAAGAUAAUUGAAUACUUAUUAAAGAUCAACUGAGAUUAUUUGAUAAGAUAUUUCUUGAAAA